AUUAUUGAGUAUCGAAUCAUUCGUUAAUAUUGAAGAUGUUUGAACGGAAGCAGUUCAAGACAAGGUUAUGCGCUCUCUAUCAGAAAGGUCGCUGUAAUCGCCUCAACUGUUCCUUUGCGCACGGGAAUGCCGAGCUUCGACGUUUCUCUUCCUCAUCUUAUAAUGAUAUAGAUGGCUGUAGAUAUUUCCUUGGUCUAUUUGUAGCCCACUAGUCUUGUGUCUUUCUGUGUUUCUAUUGUGACUUCUACAUAAGCUGGUCUAUUAUUCAUUAUCUAAGGCUGUUUAAACCAUGGGGAGUCUAAUUACAUCUUAUAUUUGUGAUAACAUACAUAACUUGCAUCGGGAAAAUUGACUAAUGAUAAGAAAACUAAGCAUUGUAUGAAAGGAGAAAAAUGUGGGGAAGUAAAUUAUGUAGGGACACAUUAUCGGCAUCACUUCUAAACUAACUAUUCACAUCUCCAGAUUGUUUAGUCGAGACACUGUUAUUCCAUCUGUUUAGCUGGAUUCAAUUCAAUACUCUUAAAACACUGCAGAUUUGAAUGCAUAUCUCUAUCUGAUCUGAUAAUAUGGCUCAUAUGUCCGUUGACACUGUACAAGCAGAUACUGAAGCAUACAUAUGCAAUAACACAUAGCAAGUGGGAUUAGUUUCAAAUUAAUAUAUUCUAUUUCAACAAUUUCAACAAUAGAAUGUAUGUCCACAUUAUCUUGUAGACUGUUGCAUUUCUAGCCGUACGGAUAUUUCAUUUAUAUGAGAGACUCUUCACAUGGAUUUUGCCAAUUGGUUUAUCUUAGAGGCAAUGCUUGUUGACAUAAUAUUUUCUUGGCAAUGUUUUAUAUGCUUCAUUCCAUGAAUCUGUGGAGCUACAAUAUCUUAAUCAGGAUUUCAUGAAUUUAUCUGCCAGCUACUUAUUAUGAUCAGAAGAGUUGAACUAGUUUCCCAAUCAUUUCAUAUACAAAUUCCACUACAUAGAUGUGGAUCUUAAGAUAUUCCUUUUGGGUGUUACUUCUGGAUAUGCCAUGGCUACGUGGUCAUAGAAAAAUUAAUGAAGAUGAUAUCUGGAGAUAUUAAAUCUGAUAGUCUUUGGAUGGAUUUUUAUUUCUUAAGCAUCUCAGAUAUGACUCUCUAUUUGAGGUUAUAUAUUAUAUCGUACUUCUCAACAAGAUGAGGAUGUGAACCGUUAAUCAAUUGCUACCUUGAUUAUACUUCAAAGAUAUAUGCUACAUACAUGGGUUUUACUAUAUCUGUCAUAAUAUGAAGGUGAUAUUUUCUAUCGCCUUUUUGCUCUAAAUGGGAGGCACUAACACUAUUCAUUAUUAUGUUUCUCUUGUUAUUUCAGCUAAUGGAAGGAAAGACUAUUUAGGUAAUGACUUGAGGGAUAAACUUGACAGAAGGCAAUCACCUCCAAGAUAUUCACCAGCUCGUGACGCAAGAGGUCGACAGACUAUUCGUGAAUACAGUCCACCGAGGUCUCCAGACAAAAGAAGUGACAGAAGACAUAAGAGAAAACAGGCCAUCAGUUGCCAAAGUGAUAUAUCUGUAAGUAUAAAAGUCUCUGAUAGAAAUAAUGAUCAAGUUAAAGAAGGGAAGCUGCUUUCUUCUGGUUCUAGAAAUACUCUUGAAGAUCAGCUGAAGAAAGUACAUUCUGAUAUCAAAACUCUUGAGAACCGAAAAUUCCAAUUGUCGGUCUACCAAGAUGAGAGUGUUCGAGAGGUGGAUAGCCUUAAUUCUAGAGUUCAGGAGCUUGAGUCUCAGUUAAGCAAGGAGAACGAAGAGUAUAAAAGAAUUACUUCAAGAAUAAGGAAGUUUGUUCGAAUGUAUAAUCAUAAUUUGGAGUUGCAAGAUGAACUGAAGAGAUCACAGGUUCGACUCCAAAGGUUUGGAGACCACCUUUUCACAGACAUUUCUAGAAUUGGUGCUAGUGAGGAAGAUUUAACUGUUGAUAUUGUAAGCAAUGGUGAGAAUACUGGUUUUCCUCCAAUUACUAAACUUAGUUUGGAGCAGAAUGGCGGAUCUCCCUGCAGAAAAAGGCUGCAUGUGGAACGAGAUUCUGUGGAAGAGUUAAAACAAGAUAAAUCAAAAGUCGGCCAUUUGGUUGAAACAGAAAGAAGUGGGAAGCGUUCUCGAUGGAGUUUGUCUGCUAAAACAAACGAUAAGGAUUGUGAGGAGGCACCAGGCAAUGGAAUUGAAGUUACUAGACACCUAGAUCUUGAAGGAAAAUAUAAGAAAGGAAUAUGGAAUUCUUCAAACAAUAUUCAUUCAGAAAAGCCAAAGGAAUCCAGGAUUGAAGUGCCGUCAACCAGCAUGGCAGCUCAUGUGUUCGAUGAGGAAGUUGAUAUUGAACACGAUAACGGAGCGGAUAUCAUUGAAAAUGCAAAGACAGAAAAUGAGAAUGGAGUGGAGUUCCAUGCAAAGGGAAUACCUCACAUGCUUAUCCCAGAUUCGAUUCCCCGUAGCAAUUAUUCGCAGUUUGAGGGUAAACGCGAGAAUGUGGAUGUGGAUGGUCUUAAUGAAGAGGCAGCAGGAGCACAUAUGAACUAAAUAUUAUUUGCGAUUUCUAGCUUUAGUUUUGGUAGUUGAAGGGGGGUAUAUUUAAAACAUUAGUAUGUUGAAGAUUUUCAAAUAGGAUAGGAGAUAGUUGAACAGAAAACAAAUGAUUUUGGUACUUAUCUUUACAUGGAUGUAUUGAUGUAUUAUGUGUGGUGGAUAUUAGUGUUAUAGGGGAAAGGAUUCUGUGUAAUUUACACUUUAAAAUUACUAUGUGUUUCUCUCCUAA